AUGUCCGCCAUGGGAACGCCGCCCCAGCAGAGCACCAACCGACCGGUAGCGGAACUCAACGAAGGUCCCAGUUGCGACCAACCGGGCAGAUUUACGGACGAGAAACUGCCCGGGGAAGCUUCCCCCGGUCGCGCCCAACCGGGGGCAAGCCGGGACGACCAGAGGAGGCAAGAAGAGAUUUUGCACAUGCAAGCACGGAAGUUCCAGUUCUUCCAGUGCUCGCACUGCUGCCUGGCGGUUCUCACUGCCACACUAGCGGCUGACAUUUGA